AUGGACGAAGAUGAAUCUACCUCAUUUCAUGAAUUAUCAACGAAUGAAAGAGCACAUAAUUUAUAACAAAUAUAAACUUGGUUUUAGAAUCAAAAAUUAGCUAUAACAAAUACUGAAUUGUUUACUACUUAAAUCUUUGAUGAACUUAAAAAAUAAUGUGAAUAAUAAAAUGAAAUCUUAUAAACUUCACCUGAAUUCUAAGAAACUAAAGAAUUAAUUAAUUCUUUUUAUAGUAAAGCUUAGAGAAUAUGUUUGAAAAUUAAAAAAAAAACAGAGCCUCGUUCAUAAUUAUAAGAAAGAAUUAAAUACUAUAAAGUUAAAGAAGAUGAAGAAGUUGAAAAGAAUAGAGAAAUUCUUAUAGAAGUAAAAAAGAAGUUACUCUGUAUUAUUAGAAUAUCAAAAGGAAUACCAUUUAUUAUUAAUUUUAUAAAAAGUUAAAAUGUGAGAGACAAAUAAUAUAAAUUAACUUUAAUGGUUGAAGAUGCUUUAUUGGAUGGUAUUAAUUGGUAUCUUAUGUAAUAUGCUAUCAAAGAAAAUUAAUGGAAUAAAGAAUUACCUUAAGAAUGUAAACUUAAAGAAAUUCUACAUUAAUUAUUGACAAUCAUUUGGUAAUAGAGAGAAGAGUUGAAGAAUGAAUUAAAUGAAAUCUUUUUUAGAUUGAAAAAGACUUAAUUAAUUAAAUUAUUAGAUAAACAAGGAGAGAAGUUUGAAAAGAAUGAUAAGUUUACAUAAUAAUCUACGAAAAUCUUAUAAAAAUUACAAGAAUUUUGUAAUGGACUUGAAACUAUCAAAUUAUCACCUAAUAAAGCAAAUGGUUUAUAUUAUUUAUAGAGGAUCUUAUUAUCAUAUUGUUGGGUAAAACAGAUUGAAUUAUCGGAAAUGUUAUAUUAUACUAAAAUUACAGGAAGAUUGGAUAAAUUAAAAUAAGAUAAAGAUCAUAGUAAUGUUAUUAGAUUAAGAUAAAGAAUAACAUUCUUAAGAUUUGUUUAUAGAAUACCAGCUGUUAAAUAAUGGUGUGAAUAAAAUCAAAUUAUUCCUUUUGAAAUGCAAUCAAAUAUACCUUAAUAUCUUUAAGAAGAAUAUGAUUAAUUUAUGAGCGAUAAAAAGGAAAGACUCUUUUCAGAUACAAAGGAAGAUUAUUUCAUUGAAUCUUAAUUGAAAUUUCUUGCCAAUAAUUUUUAAAUAUACAAAAAUAAAAUUAGAAUCAUAUUCAAUGAUCUUAGAUUUAUUUAAAACAAACUUGAAAUUUAUGAACUCUAUUAAGAAUAUGUUAAUAAAUAUGAUGGUGACAUAGAUAAAGUUUCAAAUCUAUAAUUUUAAAAAUAAUAAAAAGAUAUCAUAAUAGCAUGUUGUAUUAGACAUUUAGAAAUUAAAUUAUCAAAUGAAGAUUUCACUAAGACUGUUUUACCUUUAGUUAAAUUUGAUUUCUUAUUGAAAAAGGAAAAGCACUUUUAAUUCUAAUAAACCUCAUAUGAUAAAUCUUAAUAUUCAUUUUUAGCCAAACCUUCCCUUGUUAAGAUUUUUCUAAUUGAUAUUUUAGCUUAAGAAUAACCAUUUCCAUAUAUUUUUGAAUUUAUCUAUUAUGAAGAUGGAAAAUUGUAAUAAUCUAUUAAAAGUACUACUCUUUAAGGAUAAUUUUUUUAUUGUCCAUAAAUACGAGAACAUUUAUCAAAAAAAUAUUAAUUCAAUAUCAAAUUAUAAGAAAAUGAAAAUAAAGUAACCUUUACAUAUUUACCAAGUAUUCAUUAUGAUUAUGUUAAACCAGCAGCAACUAUAUUAUGGGAAGAUAUUUUAUUAUAAGAUUUGAAACUAAUAUCUUUGCAUAGGAAUUAAUUAGUUGAUGAAAUUAAUUUUAUGGUUCGCAGUAAUAAGUUUUAGACAAUUAAGUAAUAAAUAUAAUAAGACUCAAAGUACUUUAGUGAUCAUUUAAAAAUUAUGAAUGACCUAGAAAUAUUUAAUCAUUAAUAUAUGAAUGGUAAAAAGUUGAGAUGUAUUUGA